AUGGACACAAAAUCUUCCCCGGGGUCUGCUAAACGAAGACGCUUAGACCUUUCAGUAAAUUCAUUGCUGAACCCAACAUCUCCCACUGGCCGAAAUCCAGACCCAAUAUCGCAUUACAGAAUUGCUCAGCCGGUGCUUCAAGAGAAGAUCCUGGAUACUGUUCAAGUACCGGAUAUACGGACAGGCGCAGUGUAUCCGAAGCUCAAUAGCAAUAGUCAUCCCAGUCGGCAUCAUUCGGAGUUGCCAUGGCUCUGGAGUGAUCACAAUACCAUUCUGUCUGAUGGUACACUCGGUGUUAAUCCCGCGGUCUUAUAUGAUCACGCAUUGGGUACCGAUUCGGCCCUUCAAUCCCAAUGCCAGUUAAACCGUGAAGAAAUUCCACUUUCAACUCCAAACCCACCAAAUGAAUACCGCCCAGUAGGUGAUAGUGGGUCGGGGAUUGAAGAUAAUACCGUGAUUUGCUAUGGUAUGGUGGCAGGCAUUCCUGGAGAAUGUGAGGUGCCAACCGGACGUGAUCAAGCAUCACUUUCUCCUCGAUUUGCAGUCGAAUUGAAGGUGGCCCAAGAAUUCUUAUGUCCAUCCAUCGCUAAUUUGAGAGGAAGCGUCACGAUUGAACACGGGAAAUUACUCCAAGCGAUACUAGAUGAGACGUCCAUCAGAAUACAAGUGACUUGCGUAUUGGAUGAUUUGGACAAUAGGGCAAGAAAGCCGGCUGGCCUUCUACCUCAAUUGAUUUCUUGCUCGCUUUCCAUCAAUCUAUAUGGACCAAAAGAGCUAUUCGAAGAAAUUGGAACAUUCUUUCAAGAUUAUGAUAUCUAUCUGCAGGACCCCGUAGACUGCGACCUAAACGUAAGAUAUUGCAACCCCCAUCGUCUUUCAUCAACAGACCCCUUAUUAUGUCCAAUGACCCAUGAUUUGCAAACGAACAUUCUGGAGGCUUUUGAGAUAAAACCUAAUUCGCCUCACUCGGAGCUGCUUGACAUCCUUGACCCGCAAGAAGACCUCUCCGAGGCUUCGCAGCCGCCAGAAAUCCACACGCAGCUAGAGAGACAUCAAAAGCAAGCUUUAAGCUUUAUGCUCCGAAGGGAGCAAGGAUGGAAUUUCGAUUCUAGCAGUGGCGAUCUCUGGGAUUGGAAAAAAACUAGCCGAGGCCGAUCGUUUAUUAAUAUGAUCUCUGGGGACCAUCAGCUUGAAGAGCCCAAGCAGUUCUUUGGGGGCAUCAUUGCAGAUCCUAUGGGACUCGGGAAAACUCUUACCAUGAUCGCUCUUGUUGCGGCAACUGUUCAAGGACAUCGCACAGAAAACUUUCGAUUGGAAGCGAGCCCGGAUGACAUUGAAAACAAGAACCCUACAUUGAUCGUUGUGCCACCACUCUUGUUGGAUACUUGGGAGGAACAGCUAUCGCAGCAUGUUGUGCCUGGGAGUCUGGCAUGGUCCCGACACUAUGGCAGGACCCGUCUACUUGAUGUAUUCGAAUUGAAAAAACUCGACCUGAUUUUGACUACAUACCAUACGAUAUCGGCUGAGUGGAAGAAUAGAAAGCCGGCAGACCAAUCCAUCCUAUUCUCUACUCCCUGGGAACGGCUAAUCCUUGACGAAGCACACUUUAUCCGUAAUAGCAGCUCACAAAUGGCCAAGGCAAUUUGCGCCGUGCCUGCGACUGCGCGAUGGGCAGUGACAGGUACACCUAUCCAAAACCGCCUUGGCGACCUAGCUGCACUUUUCAAAUUUCUUGAUGUUGAUCCAUACGGUGACAUUAAACGUUUCGAUACCGAUAUCACUCAGUUAUGGAAAUCUGGUGAGUCCAAACAAGCCGUGGAGAGACUGAAACGGCUAUCGAGAUACUUUAUUCUCAGAAGGCCUAAAACCACAAUCAACCUACCUACAAGAAAGGAUGUCCGGUGCCCAGUCAAUUUUACACCAGACGAAAGAAUACUUUAUGAAGAUGUCAAAAACCAGGCUAUUGCCCAUCUUGCAGAGGCCUCGAAGAGUUUUGGCCGACGCGAGACGUCGCAGUCCAUCACGUUCGUCAACGUUAUCCAGCAAAUCAAUACACUACGCAUCAUCUGUAACCUAGGGGUCCAUUAUGGUUCUCGUCACGAUAAUAAGGCACCGAAAUACCAAAUUGAUCCAUCCGAGGCUGUCGAUUGGGCCAGCAUAGCGCAACGGACGUUUAACUUUCAAUGCGAAAUCACAUCCAUCACCUGUCAAUGGUGCAAAUCAUUGCUCGAUAUUACGGAAAGACUUUUUAGUGAAUCUAGUAAUCAGUUUGUGGAAAGUCCACUUUUCUCUCAGUGCUUGAUAUUUAUCUGUCCAGAUUGUCGCCAACGCUUACAUGGGGAUUCAUUAUCUUGUGGGCAUGAGCCGCCACAUCCAUUUGCUGCAGUUUCAUUGAAUGCUUCUAUGCUAGAGGAGACCGUACAUGUGCCAGCUAAUCCAGUUGUAGGUGGAAAUAUGGCAACAACCGGGCUGCCUUCCAAGGUGGCCUCCUUGGUAAGACAGCUCAAGGCUCAGCCAUCAGAUGUGAAAAGUGUUGUUUUUUCUACCUGGAGAAUGUCCUUGGAUGUCGUCGAGUCAGGUCUUAAGCAGGCGCAGAUCCCAUGCCUUCGAUUUGAUGGCAAAGUCCCACAAAAGGAGAGGAAAAGCGUCAUUGACAAAUUUAAGCACGACCCUUCUGUCUCUGUUUUACUUUUGACUCUGUCAUGUGGUGCUGUUGGGUUAACUCUGACCGAAGCUUCAUGUGCAUAUCUCAUGGAACCGCAUUGGAACCCCACGGUCGAGGAACAGGCCCUCGCUCGAAUUCACCGACUCGGCCAGAAGAAGGAAGUGACAACUGUUCGUUUUUACAUAAAGGAUACCUUUGAAGAGCGUGUGAUGGAACUCCAACGGUCAAAGGAUGAGUUGGCGGGCACGCUGUUCUCAUCCGAAAACGCGCAAUCAGGAAAUUCUACGCGUUUGGAGCGCCUUUGUGGUCUUUUAUAG